AUAUAUGACUUAUGUUUUACUAUGUAUUAAUAUUCAUGUUUACCUAUGAUCAUACCAAUAUGUUCAUAUUCCCCCAUUCUUGUCCUCACAGUAAUCCUGUUAAUUUAGAAUCCCUUUCUUCCUUCAAGACACAGUUCAUAUACCAUCUUCUACAAAAAAAACAGUCUUUCGUGAUUCUACCAACUACUAGUGCCUCCCUUCCAGUCUACCUGAUAUUGAAUGAAUUCUUCUAUAUUUAUUCUUUGCAUAUUCUUUAUAUACUUGUUGCCACCUCUAUCAGGGUGUAAACUCCUUGCAAGUAGGAUUGUUUUAUUCUUUGUAUUUGUAUCCCCAGCUUCUAGCACAGUACCUGAAAUAAAGUGGGCACUUGAUGAAUACUUAAGGACUGAUUGAUUGAUUUUAGACGUCCCUGAUCCAGAGGCAGGUUUAUUAAUCACUCUUUAUCCAAUUUAUCCAAUACUAACACAGCCCCAGUCUAGGAUUACCUAUAACUAUGGUUUAUUUUAUCUUGUACUUCUAAGAGCAUCGAUUAAGUGAGAAAUACUAGACAUGUUUUCUUGGAUUUUCAUGAGAAACCUUCAGGAGUCAUUUCUAAGAUCCCUGGAAGACAUAGAAAACCACAGCCUGUGAUCUCAAGAGAAAUUCUAUUAAAGGUCACCCUUGGUAGCAGCGACUAGUAAACCAAGAGGAGUUCCCUAGUUAUGGCAGGAAGUUGUGUUGCUUCUGUUAGAAUUCUGACAGUCAGCAAUCCCUUUUAAUUUCUUCCAACCAUUGAAUAUAGGAGCUGAUAUUCUCUUUUUACCUUCCUGUCUUAAGCAAGCCCUGAUCUGGGAACAAGGCAGGCCUCUCCAGAGUUUGACACAAGGUGAACAAAGAAAGCUUUGUUGGUGUCCAGUUCAGAAGAGUACAUUCUAGUUGCUGACAUAGUGAUAAAACAUCCAAGCUGGGUUGCUCUUAAGCUCUGUAGUAUCCUUGAGAUUUGUUUGUCUAAUAUUGAAAACUUAAAUUCAUAACACACAAUUGUGUUGAAAUGAAUUGAUUUUAUUCAAACCAUGAAAGGCCAUUUGGGUAGUCUUGAGAUUGCAAUGUAGACAUGCAGCAGAAAAGAAGUGGUGACUUUUAAAUUAAAAAAAAAAUUUACAUAUGCCAGUAUCUUAUUUUUAUGGUCUUAUAGAAAAUAAGAUCCUAAAUAAAGAAUGGUAACUUGAUUUCAUAUUUUACCUCAAUUACUAAUAAUCUCUAUAAGCCAACAGUGGUAGAGCUGGUCUUUUUUUUUUUUUAAGUUUUUCACCUAUAAAAUAAGGAUAGUCUGUGCCACAGACAAUUAUUUUUCUUAUUUUGUAAACUUAAUUUUAUGCCCUUUCUUGGAACAGCUCUUCUUGCUAUUCUAAAAACUGCAACAUUCCAUAAACCAGAGUUUUCAAAUACAGGAAUUAGCUCUUCAGAAUUUCUUGGAAUUAUUUGAGGUUGUAUGUGUGGCUUUCUAAAUACUUAAUGAUAAUUCAUUUCUUCAUGGCUCGAGGCUGUAACUUUUGACAAGUUGUGAGCCCUCUCAGUUCAAUGGCAUGUAGGACUGGCUGGAAAUUCAGACAUCCAACCCACCCUCCUCAUUUUACAGUAAAGAAAAGAGAGAUGCAGGGAAAGGAAUGGAGUUACCUAGUCACACAGAUAAUUUGGCAGCAGAGCAAACAUUUCAACAUCCGUGCCCUGAAUCCAAAUUCAGUGUUUUCCACUGAACAAAGAUGCAAGUUACUGUAGGCAACUGAGGGAGAAUUAAUUUUUUUAAAUGAGCAAAUAUUAACAGAAUAACUGGCUCUACUGAGCUUAAAUACUGUGCAACUAAGCACAUCCAUAUUGCAGAAUGUUUUCAACUCCAUUAUACAAAGUUAUUUAAGACCCCUAUCAAUUUAAAUCCUUCUCAAGGGAGUCCUAGCAGAGGAGUCUUCUUGUUUUGCAUCUAACAAAAUACCAGUGGGCAGGAUCAUCAAACAUUAGCUUUUUGAGUUUAUAUCUAAACUGAAAUAAAUAUAAGCAUCUACAUGAGAUAAAAGUACAAUUUACUUUAAUCAGUAGAAAUGUUUCCAAAUAGUAAUGUGUAAAUCAGUUUGGUGGUAGGUUCUAGUUGAAUCAUAUUUUAAAUUCAUUGAGGAAAAGAAUCAGAGGGCAGCUAGGAGGUUCAGUGAAUGGAGAGUCAGGUCUAGAGAUGGAAGGUCUUGAGUUCAAAUGCGGCCUCAAAUACUUCUUAGCUGUGUGACUGGGCAGAUCACUUAACCACCAUUGCCUAGCUCCUACCAUUCUCCUGCCUUGGAACCAAUAUACAGUAUUGAUUCUAAGACAGGAGGCAAGGGUUUGGGGAAAAAAGGUAAAAGUAAAGAAUCAUUACCUAACAUCUCACAUUUAUAGAAUGCCUUAAGGUUUUGCCUUGGAAACCUAACUGAUCUUUUUCUAGGUACAGCGUUGUAUAUGUCAUAUCUAUUUUGCCUAAAGCAUAAACCAAUUUUGCCCUGGUUCUGACUUAUGGGCAAGCUGUUUCUGACUAUAUUAUUUCAUUAUCAUUUUCUAAUUUAUAUUUAGGUGUUCUUUAUUUCUCAAGAGGUGCCUGGAAAUGAUGUCAUAUCAUCAAAUAUUUUUCCUUAUACCUCUCAGAGUAGGCAGUAUUGCCAAAUUUCAGAGCUGACUUGUUAGGAGGACAUAGGCAUACUCAAGAGGAUUGUUAGCUCCACCCUAGGGUGGCUGUGUGUCCCUUCCAUUUUUUUCCUGUUCUCUGGAGGAAGAAGGACUACAAUGAACUUCUCCCUAGGACCUCAGUGUUGAGCUUCCUAUUUGGACAGAAGAAUGGCUCUGUUCAGGCAGUUUACACUUCUUCUUUGGAAGAACUACACCUUAAAGAAGCGGAAGAUUGUAGUAACAGUCUUGGAAAUUCUCCUGCCUUUGCUGUUUUCUGGGAUACUAAUUUGGCUUCGCCAGAAUAUUCACUCAGAAAACAUUCCCAAUGCUACCAUAUACCCUGGCCAGUCCAUCAGUGACCUGCCCUUGUUUUUCAACUUUCCUCCCCCAGAAGACUCAUGGGAGCUGGUUUAUGUUCCUUCCAACAGUGAGGCUGUGAAGACUAUCACUGAGAUGGCAAAAAAGACUUUAGUCAUCGAUAUGAAAGUUCGUGGUUUUCCCUCAGAAAAGGAUUUUGAAGAUUACAUUAAGUUUAAUAAUCACUCUUACAAUGUACUGGCUGCUAUCGUGUUUGAGCACAACUUCAAUUAUUACAAGGAACCCCUGCCACUUGAGGUUAAGUACCACUUACGCUUCAGUUACUUUCGAAAGAAUGAUAUGUGGGCUGGGAUGACUUUCUUUUUUCCAAGAGAGAUUGAAGGAUGGCACACUACCUCUCUCUUUCCACUUUUCCCGAAUCCAGGACCUAGAGAACCCUCAUUCCCUGACGGAGGAGAACCUGGAUACAUCCGAGAAGGAUUCCUGGCUGUUCAGCAUGCAGUGGAUAAAGCCAUUAUUCAGUACCAUGCAAGCACUGCCGCAACCAGACUGUUUGAGAAAGUCACCAUUAUUGCAAAGAGGUUCCCAUACCCACCAUUCAUUUCAGAUUCUUUUCUGGUUGCCAUCCAGUACCAGCUUCCUUUACUGCUCAUGCUGAGCUUUACUUACUCCACACUCACCAUCAUCCGUGCCAUUGUACAAGAAAAGGAAAGAAAAUUGAAGGAGUACAUGCGCAUCAUGGGACUCAGCAACUGGCUUCACUGGAGUGCCUGGUUCCUCACAUUCUUCUUACUCCUGCUUUUUACUAUCUUUUUUAUGACCAUGCUUUUCUGUAUUAAGGUGGAAGAGGACAUUGCAGUGAUCACAAACAGUGAUCCUUCUUUGGUGUUUGUCUUUUUGAUGUGUUUUGCCAUUUCUUCCAUCUCCUUCAGUUUUAUGGUCAGCACCUUCUUCAAUAAAGCCAAUUUGGCAGCUGCUAUAGGUGGUUUCCUCUAUUUCUUUACAUAUAUUCCUUACUUCUUCAUUGGUCCUCGAUAUAACUGGAUGACCCUCAACCAAAAGUUAUCUUCCUGUCUCUUCUCAAAUGUUGCCAUGGCAUUGGGGGCCCAGCUUAUAGGCAAGUUUGAAGCAAAAGGAAUAGGAAUUCAAUGGAAAUAUCUUAUGAAAUCAGUUAAUGUCGAUGAUAACUUCACUUUUGGGCACGUGUUGAUAAUGCUGCUAUUUGAUUCUGCCUUCUAUGGUUUGGUGACUUGGUAUGUGGAAGCUGUAUUUCCAGGAGAAUAUGGUAUGCCUCAGCCCUGGUAUUUUUUCUUGAUGCCUUCCUACUGGUGUGGGAACCAAAGAUCUUCGAUAGGGAAAGAGGAAGAAGAUGAUGAUCCUGAGAAAGUUCUAAAAACAGAGUACAUUGAGGCUGAACCUGAAGAUUUAGUAGCUGGCAUAAAGAUUAAGCAUCUGUCCAAGAUGUUUAUGGUGAGGAAUAAGAGAAAAGAGGCAAUAAGAGACCUGACUUUGAAUAUGUACGAGGGGCAGAUCACUGUUCUCCUAGGACAUAAUGGAGCAGGGAAGACCACCACCCUGUCCAUCCUCACAGGUCUUUUUCCUCCUACAAGUGGACGGGCAUAUAUCAAUGGGUAUGAGAUCUCACAUGACAUAGUUCAGAUCAGGAAGAGCCUGGGCUUAUGCCCCCAGCAUGAUGUCCUCUUUGACUAUAUGACAGUGGCUGAACACCUUUAUUUCUAUGCUCAGAUGAAAGGCUUAUCUGAACAGAAAUGUCCUGAGGAAGUCAAUCAUAUCUUGAACAUUCUUGAUCUGGAGAAUAAACGCCACUCGCUUUCAAAGUCACUAAGUGGAGGAAUGAAACGCAAGGUCUCUGUUGGCAUCGCACUCAUAGGAGGCUCAAAGGUAGUGAUGCUAGAUGAACCAACUUCAGGAAUGGAUCCAAUUUCACGGAGAGCCACCUGGGAUCUCCUUCAACAGCAGAAAAAUGACCGCACCAUUGUGCUGACCACACACUUCAUGGAUGAAGCUGACCUCUUGGGGGACCGAAUUGCUAUUAUGGCCAAAGGGGACCUGCAGUGUUGUGGCUCAUCACUUUUCCUCAAGCACAAAUAUGGUGCAGGGUAUCAUAUGAUCAUAGUGAAGGAACUCCAUUGUAACACCAGUGAAAUUUCUCGUCUGGUUUAUCAUCAUAUACCAAAUGCCAUUUUGGAGAGCAACGUUGGAGCUGAAUUAUCAUUUAUCCUCCCCAAGGAGAGUGCACAUAGGUUUGAAAUUCUAUUUACUGAAUUGGAACUGAAACAGAAAGAGCUAGGUAUUGCCAGCUAUGGUGCAUCUGUUACCACCAUGGAAGAAGUCUUCCUUAGAGUUGGCAAGCUUGUAGAUUCAAGUAUGGAUAUCCAAGCCAUACAACUUCCUGCCUUGCAGUACCAGCAUGAGAGACGGGCAAGUGACUGGGCCAUGGAUAACAACCUCAGUGGAAUCAUGGACCUUACUGACAGCAUUGGAGCCUUAAUCAAGGAAGAUUGUACUUCCAUCAAAUUUAACACCAGGUUCUACCUUCAUUGCCAGCAAUUCUAUGCCAUGUUCACAAAGAAAACCUUGUACAGCUGGCGCAACUGGAAGAUCCUGGUGGCACAAAUCCUUGUGCCUCUGACUUGCAUCACAUUAGCCCUCAUGGCCAUCAACUACUCCUCAGCCAUUCGAGAUGACCCCAUCUUACAAUUAACCUUGGAUCAAUAUGGUCAGACAAUUGUGCCCUUUUCCAUCUAUGGAACCUCCAAACUGGAUCAGCAGCUUUCAGAACGCUUUAAAGAUAUGCUGCAGGCUGAGAAACAGGUCCCCCGGGAAGUGUUAGGUGAUUUGGAAGAGUUCCUGAUUUUUAGGGCCUCAGUAGAAGGUGAAGGCUUUAAUGAACGAUGCCUUGUGGCAGCUUCCUUCAAAGAUGUUAGAGACCAAACAGUUAUCACUGCUCUGUUCAACAACCAAGCCUACCACUCUCCUGCCACUGCUCUGGCCAUCGUGGACAAUAUUCUGUUCAAGCUGCUUUCUGGCCCCAGUGCUUCCAUUACUGUCUCUAACUACCCUCAACCUCGAGGUGCCAGCCAGACCACAACAGAACAAGCUGAUGAAGGCCACACAGGAUUUCAUCUAGCUCUUAAUUUGCUCUUCAGUAUGGCUUUCUUAGCCAGUACAUUUUCCAUCCUGGCAGUCAUUGAGAGAGACAUGAAGGCAAAGCAUAUCCAGUUUGUCAGUGGAGUCUAUGUCAUUCAUUUUUGGCUUUCUGCCUUGCUGUGGGAUCUCCUUACCUUCCUUGUCUCCUGUUCACUGCUGCUGGUGGUGUUCAGAGCCUUUAAUGUGGAAGUUUUCACCCAGGAUAACCACCUUGCAGAUGCUCUGAUGAUUUUAAUGCUCUAUGGUUGGUCCAUCAUUCCUCUCAUGUACCUGAUGAGCUUCUUUUUUUCUGGAGCUGCAGCUGCCUACACUAGACUCAGCAUAUUCAACAUCCUCUCAGGCCUUGCCACCUUUCUUAUCAUCAGCAUCUUGCGCAUGCCAGGACUCAAAUUGUUGCAACUUUCUAAAACCUUGGACAUGGUUUUCCUGGCAUUGCCCAGUCACAGCUUAGGGAUGUCUAUAAGCAAUUUUUUUGAAAACUUUGAGACCAAGAAAUACUGCACAUCUUCUGAGAUUGCAGCCCAUAACUGCAAGAAAUUUAAUAUUAAAUACCAAGAGAAUUUCUUUGCAUGGAAAGCUCCUGGGAUUGGGAAAUACAUGACUUCUAUGGCUGUUUCUGGCUUUGUUUUCCUCAUUCUUCUAUUCCUCAUUGAAACUAACCUCCUCUGGAGACUGAGAACUUUGGUCAGCGGCAUCUUCAGGACACGGAAUUGGGCACAGAUGCAUGUUCAAGCACCAGUGAUUACAAAAGACCAAGAUGUAGAAGAUGAAAAAAAGAAAGUCCUGGAAUCUCUUCCAGAGCUGUUGCUGAAUACCCCAUUGGUCAUUAAGGAUCUCACAAAGGUGUACAGCCAGAGGAUGCCCUUCCUAGCUGUGGACAGAAUCUCCCUCACAGUCCAGAAGGGAGAGUGUUUUGGACUGCUGGGCUUCAAUGGAGCUGGGAAAACCACCACCUUCAAAAUGCUGACUGGGGAAGACACCAUUACCUUUGGAGAUGCCUUUGUUGAUGGUUACAGCAUCAUCACUGACAUCAAAAAGGUACGACAGCGAAUAGGCUACUGCCCUCAGUUUGAUGCCUUGUUGGAACACAUGACUGGACGAGAGACUCUGAUCAUGUAUGCCCGGCUACGGGGCAUCCCUGAGGGCCAUAUUAGCAACUGUGUGAAGAACGUGCUGCAGGGCCUGCUCCUGGAACCUCAUGCAGACAAACUCGUCAAGACUUACAGUGGUGGCAAUAAGCGUAAGCUGAGCACGGGGAUUGCCUUGAUUGGAGAGCCUUCAGUCAUCUUCCUAGAUGAGCCAUCCACUGGCAUGGACCCGGUAGCUCGGCGCCUGCUCUGGGAUACAGUGACUCGGGCCCGGGAAUCUGGCAAGGCCAUUGUCAUCACCUCCCACAGCAUGGAAGAGUGUGAUGCCUUGUGCACCCGGUUGACCAUGAUGGUGAAUGGGCAAUUCAAGUGCCUGGGCAGCCCACAACAUCUCAAGAGCAAGUUUGGGAGCGGCUACACCCUCUUGGCCAAGGUUAAAAGCGACCGGCAAGAGGGCAAAAUGGAGGCCCUAGAGCUGUUCAAGAUGUUUAUCAACCAGACUUUCCCAGGGAGCAUCCUGAAGGAUGAACACCAAGGAAUGGUCCAUUAUCACCUGCCCAGUAAGGACCUCAGCUGGGCAAAGGUAUUUGGCAUCUUGGAGAAAGCCAAAGAGAAAUAUGGACUAGACGACUAUUCCAUCAGUCAAGUCUCACUGGAGCAAGUCUUCAUGAGCUUUGCCCACUUACAAUCUUCAGGAGAAGAUGAACGAUGAACAGUGGCAUCUACCAUGCAAUUGGCUUUCGGUACUUGUUAUCUGGUUGUUACACAAAAAAGUAACACCCUCUCCAUCACUUUUUAUUCUGCACCUUUAUUGUUAGUUGGUUCUUUUUGUAUUAUGGAUAUAGUUAAGUAUCCAUAAGAACAGACUCAAUACUGCUCUCAAAUUAGAGAUGGUGAACACGUUCUGGACAGCAGAAUAGGACCCUGGUCAUGGUGAAUGUUUACUUCUGAAUGUAGUCAUUUAUGGAAAUUCAAAGCCCUAAAUACUAAGCCAAAAUCAAUAGCAGAGGCGCUCUCAAAAUAAUGUAUCAAGGAGUAAGGAAUUCAAGGAAGGAAAGGACAGUGCUAAUCCUUACACUUACAAACAUUUGGAAGACCCUAAGACAUGUGGAUCCAUGGGAGUCAAUGGCCACCAGCCUAAAGAGAUUAAUAAGCCAUUAAAGUCCAGGAGUAAGGUGUGAAAAAAGGGAAUUCUGCUUAAUGCUCUCCAAAACGACCUGAAACUGUGACCCUAAAUGAUUCCAAUUAAGCAAAAUACAAACUUGGACAGAGACAUGUAUCAAUUUUUCAAGAUGGUGACCUCUGACUCUUGCUUUGUGUCCUAGGUGAAUUAAUUUACCAUUCACUUCUUGGUUUGGGGGCUCAUUUGUGGCAGGAGAUGGUGCUUACCCUCCAGUUUGUUCAUCACCAAUCCCUGCAUGCCCCCCACGAUGUGUUCAUGUGCACGUAUGUGAGAUGCCAACCCUGAGUCAUAUCAUGGUGGACAAAAUAUUUCAUUCUUUAUAAACAUAGCAUACUGAUUGGAGGGGAGGUCAGAAUCUUAUGCUAUAAUGCCCCAGUCAGACCAUAUCUGCAGGUCAGUGUUCAGUUCUGGGUGGUACCAUUUCUGUAGGAUGAAAACUAGAGUUUGUCGAGAGGAGGGGGAUUUAGAAAUAAGUAAAUGACCAUAGCUGAAGAGGUAUAAGUGUGCCCUAGGUACAGCUUGAAAAUGGUAUUUGCACAGGCCCCCAGUACAAGAACAUUCUUAAUAAACCCUGUUUACCUUUAUUGUUAUUUUCCUACAGAGGUGCUACUGCCUACCAGAGGCUUUGAGCCUUCAAUGUAACACAUGCGCCUUGACUUAUUAAAAAAUACCUAUAGGCCACAGAGAUCAUUAAAAAUAUGUGCAUUUAUUAAAAAA